UGUUUCAGUAAGUUGAAAGCAGCACAUGAGUUCGUUCGGCUAACUCUCAUUAUUGGUUUCUCUUUUUUUUUUCCGUUUAAGUAAAAUAAAAACAACAAAAAAAAAAUAUAAUAAUAUGAAAAUGUCGAUGUAAUUUUAAUGUAAAUUUAUAAUAUUUUGGUGCGAAUGAAAAAUGUUUGUGUUGUGAUUAAUUUUAUUUGUUUUUGGGGCCCGUUUCUCUAUUUAAUGUAUUUUUAUUGAAACAAGUGAAAUUCAAAAAAUUGUAUUGUUUUCUAUAAGAAAAGAUUGUAUCUUCAUUCAAAAGAGGGUGCACCUGACUAAAGUGAUGUUUAGAUCAAUUCAAAAAGGUUACCCAAAAUUAGUAUCUAGAUACCAUAAGGUCUUCUAACGUAUAUGUAUUUUGAAGAUACAAAAGAUACUUGUUUGUUGUUUAUUUUUUUUGUAUAUUUUUUUUUGCGUUUUUAUAAAUUUGAAAAAUAAAAACAAAAACAAAAAUUUGAUUCAUAAUUAAUAAAAAAAAAAAAAAAAUUGAUAAUAAUCUUGGAUUGUGCUUUUGUGAUCUUCAACACACGAAUUUUUUUUCUUUAUAAAUUUGGACUUCGUAUUCGUUAGAUGGAUACAAAUAUACCUACACACAAACAUCAUUAUUGGAGUUAUAGUCGGAUAUUAAAUAAUUACACUGUGCUGAUGUCACUCUGUGUACUAAUAAUGGACUGAAUAAAUAUUUAAAUAAAAGAUCGUGUCUGUAAUUUAAAUCCUUUUUGUUCAUAAUGUAGUCGUUGAUGGUUUUUUUUUUAAUUUUUUGUUUUAAUCGAAUACCAAUAACCAUUUUGGAGCUAAAAAAUAGUAUUUUGUAAAGAAAAAAUAUAAAAAUUUUUUCGACGAGCGAUAUAAUGAAGAGUUAUUUCAUUUCAUUUGUGGUGCUGUUAUUAGUUAUUAGCUAUAAUGUGAUCUUAAGUAGUAAAAAUGAUAAUUUCCAUACCGUGGAGAAGUUAGACUAUCGUGAUAAUGAGGAAAGCUUGGAGCAAUCCGAUUCAAAGGAGAUAGAUGUUGCAUCAAAAGAUGAAGAUUCACUGGACACCAUUUCAACCACCACAUUCCGCCCUGUGCGACUCAACAACUCAUCAAGUUCACCACACCAGAGAGAUACCAAACUUAUGAAUCUUUUAGCUGCUCGACGAAGUGCUCUUCAUCAGGACAGAUUUAGAACCCACAGUCGAGCAGCUACAACAGGACGAACUAAACCUUCAACCGAAGCAACUUCAAAAGCUCCACCCGAUGCCAGAACCGUAUGCGUUCGCAAUUGUACGAAAAAUUUUACCCGACGAACAAGUGCAAGUUGCAUGCGACAAUGCACCAAUAUUCAUCGUCGCAGUAAUUCAACAACUUCUUCCACAAACAAAAACAAUAAUAAUAAUAAUAAUUCUUCUGAAGAAGAAAAGUCACAAAAAGACAAUAAUGAAAUUCUUUUCACCGACGAAUCAUCGCAUGGAUUUUUCGUUGUUGCUAAAGAUGCCAAUGAUACAAUGAACCAUAUUCCAGAGCUUAGAAAGAUGCCAGGAAUUCUAUCUGGAAAUAUGUACAAAGGCAGGCCUAGAAAUAAGCCAAACGGAUCAGUGCAAGUUCCAGAUUCAGAAUCAGAUUCUUAUUUGUAUUUCGGCAGAAAGAUUCCAUCGCUACGUCCAUCGUUCUUGAGUAUAUCAACGGUCAGUGAUGAACAUCCACAAGUUUUUGAAGUGUCUGUUUCACAAAAACCACCACCCAGACCUAAAAGUGCAAAUAAAUUUAAUCCCAGAGAUAGACUUACUUCACCAUUUACAAGAAAGUUAAGUACUGGUAAACUGAGUUCAUUGGCUCCAAUAGUUUCUCCAGAACCAAAACCAGUUACUGAGCCCGAAUCAGUGUUAAAAACUGAUAAAAUACUGAAACCCAUUGAACAGCAACAAAAUGCCAGUGUUGAAGUUACAACUGAAGCAGUAGUGCCUUCCCUAAAGCUCAUUGCAGCGGCACCAUUGUCGAAAGAAGUUCCUUUACAGAUUGAAAGUUCUACCGAAACCUUACCUUCCGAAAAGCCUUCAACUGUGAUGAGCACUCAACCGGAAGUAUCAACUCCUUUGAUAAUAAACGUCAUCGAUGAAGAUGAAACAACUGUUGUUACUGAGACCGACUACGUUACCACUCCCACUGCCUUAGCUAUCGAAGAAGCAAGCACAGAGCUUGCAAAAGUUGAGGCGCCUGCACAUUUCUCCGAGGACAAAACUAAUUUGAUAAUUUUUGUCAACAAAAGUAUGAAUACAGUAAAGCCAUCACCAGCGCCACCUUUAGUCCAAACAACAAUUUUUACAUCAAUUCGGUCUACAGUAAACCCUCCCACAGUCACAAGUGAGGCUUCAGACCCGAUAAGUUCUGUAAAGCCGAGUACAACAAUCUUUGUAGAGCCUGAAAAUGUUGAUGUAACUUCAGCUUCAUAUGAAAAUCCCGAAAUUACAAUUCGUCCAGUAACAGAGCUUAAUCUUGAAACCAAAAGUCCUCUGCCUAAAGAAAGUGAGUUGACACGAUUGAAUAUUGUAACUUAUAUGCUAGCUGGAGUUGGAAUGAUACCAGUUUUUAUUGGAGUAGUCUACCUAGUAAGAUCGUUGAUUUUGAAAGGUUACUCAAAACAUGAUGAAGAUUUUGAUGUUUGCAUAACAGACCAAAAGCCUAUAAGCCCAGUGAAGAAGAUUGAUAAGUAUGAUGAUCAAGAGGAGGAAGAAGAUGAAGAAAGUGGACAAUACGAACAAUGUUCGAUAAGUAGUAGAGAUGAGUUCAACAGAGCUAAUUUAAGACUGAAGAGCUUACUGGGCGAAGGUAAUUUUGGAAAAGUAUGGAAAGCUGAAGCAGACGACUUAAGUGGUCACAUUGGUGCUACGCGAAUUGUUGCUGUUAAGACAGUUAGAUCGGGAAGUUCACAAAAUGAUCUUAGAGAAGAAGCAACUAUUAUGCGGAAAUUGGGAUCACAUCCUAAUGUUGUGACUUUGUUAGGAGCAUGUCUAGAAAGUGAACCUCAAAUGUUAAUUAUGGAAUAUGCAAUGCGUGGAAGGUUGCUUUCACUUUUGAGAGCAGCAAGAAGCGCUACAAACAUUUUACCAGCAUCGGUUCCGGGAGGUAAAAGUUUAGCUCCGUUGUCACCGAGAACUUUGGCUGGCUUUGCUCUUGAUAUUGCAACGGGAAUGGAAUAUAUUGCCGACAAAAGGAUCGUUCACAGAGAUCUUGCUGCUCGAAAUAUCUUAAUAGAUCACAAUGGUAUUUGUAAAAUUUGUGAUUUUGGAAUGUCUACCGAUCUGGAUGUCGUACAGAAGAACUCCGAUAAGCAUUACGAUGUUAAAACUAUUCGGACAGCUUCAAGCAAACUUGAUAAAUUCAAAUUCGACCUGGGAGAACGAUUUAUACAUAAUUGGAGUCAUGGUUUUGGGGCUCAGAAUGCUAAAAAAUCCCAUGAUACACUCGGCAGAAGACCAGCCUUGCCAAUUCGUUGGAUGGCACCAGAAGCAUUGCAAUACAAUGAGUUUUCUAUUGAAACUGAUGUAUGGGCGUUUGGAAUAGUUCUUUGGGAGAUAGCAACUUUAGGUGCAACUCCCUAUUCCAAUUUGUCAGGUCGAGAGGUUGUUCGACACGUCCUCCAAGGGACACGACCCGAACUGCCUAAAGAUGGCCGUCAUGGAUUCUUCGAGUUAAUGUUGCAAUGCUGGCACAAAGUACCUUCUAUGCGUCCAACAUUCCGUGAAGCUCGUGCAGAAAUUUCACGAUCAGUCUGCAAGUGGUUGGAUGAAGAUGCAGCAACUUCAGACUACAUGGACGUAAGUGGAUUCAGUGAGGAUCUGGAACAUGGAAUGGUGUACUUUAACCAAAGGAUAUCAGAAUUCGAAUGCGAGAUAUGACAAUGAUUUUGCCUCCCCCUUCCCCCACGUCUGUGCAUCUUCAAAAUUCUUGGACAGUAUUAUUUAGUAAUUUAUGCCUGAUAUACAUUAUACAAUACAUAAACAUUUAUUUUGUUGUAGUUCAAAUUCAACAACACAUUUAUUAUUAUAUUUCUUUUCGUGCAUUGUUUUUGUUUUUUUUUUAAAUAUAAAUACGCGUAUGGAUAUUAUGUAUUUUAUCAACACACCGCUAUUAAAUUUAGUUUAAUCUAGUCUGCUCAUUAGAAAUAUAAAUAUAUACAAAUCAUAUAAAUAUGUAUUAAAAAUAUAUUAUAAUAUAAAAAUAAAUUAAAACAAAAUUAUAUUUUACACUUAAGGAAAUUUAAUUUUAUGUGAAAUUAUUAUAAGCAUAACAUACACAAGAAAACACACACACACAUACACACAAGUUAUUUGUUAAACAAAUCAUGUUUUUAUUAUUUGUAGUUAACAUUAUCUUGUUAUAUUUAUUUGUGUUGACAUUGAUAUUAUUCAAUAAAGCGAAUUGAAAAUA